GACACACCCGCACAGAUUUGACUCCCUUGGUGCCGCCCCUCCAGCCUUUGGGAUUCGCGCCGUGAACAACCGGCCAAGUCUUGAAGUAUUUUGCUACCGAGAAGUUGGCGAAGCCUUUGCGGCGGCAAUAACCAUGUCAUCAGGCGAAUCGUCCAAGGAAUCGUCUUCCCCUCGUCGUUUUGAGCUUGUCAACUCGGACUCGGAGGGAGAUGGCGCGAGCUCGUCGGAAGAUGAGCCCCUCUUCAAGUUCCCGGAUCGCGGUGCGUUCAAGCGCAAGGUCGAGAAAUCGGAUUCCGACGACGAUUCGGACGACUCCUCGGAGGACGGAAAGAAGAAGAAGGAAGGCGGAGGGAGCGACAAUUCGGAAAGCGAGGACGAUGAGGAGUUUUUUUCCUCGCUACGGCAAAAAAGAGCUGGCGGGGCGGGAGCGGGGGCGGGGGCGGGGGCGGCGGCACCCGCCAGAAACGCCGGGGGGCGAAAACAGGCGAUCGACCUGCUGUCAGAUUCGGACGACGAGUUCGGCGCCCCUCCCAGGCCGGCCCCGAAACGGCGCAAGAAGGCGCCCACCGCGGAGGAGCUCGAUGCGCAGGUGCGGGCGAAGGUAGACGCUCUCCUGGAGAGCAGCGACGGAGGUGGCUGCAGCUCUUCGCGGGCUGCCACCAGUAAGGAAGACCAGGCGUACGCCAGGCGAGUGGUUGUGUGA